GACAAAGAUCACACAUUCGCUUACCGAGUCUUCCACUACCAGGCUGAGCAUAAUAGCAGAUCCCUGCUCUGCUGGAGCAGAGCGGCUUGGGAUGGGAGUUGGACACCAGCGUCUCUACAUUCAUGUGGAGGAAAGUCCUGGGCCUUGGUGGGCUGCAAGGUACCUGAGCCAAGGCUGGAUCGUGGCCCUCACGUUCCCAAAGAUGCCCGGCUCUUCUCCACAAUGAAUGAGUGUCACUAUGACAAGCGGAUGGACUUCUUCUACAACAAGAGCAACACAGACACCGCCGACGAGUGGACAGGGACGAAGCUUGUGAUCGUCUUGUGUGUUGGGACAUUUUUCUGCCUCUUUAUAUUCUUCUCUAACUCCCUGGUCAUCGCAGCAGUGAUCACGAACAGGAAGUUUCAUUUCCCCUUCUACUACCUGCUGGCUAACUUAGCCGCUGCAGACUUCUUUGCCGGAAUCGCCUAUGUCUUCCUGAUGUUCAACACUGGCCCGGUGUCAAAAACGUUGACUGUCAGCCGCUGGUUCCUCCGCCAGGGGCUCCUGGACACAAGCCUGACUGCCUCCCUGGCCAAUUUGCUGGUUAUUGCUGUGGAAAGGCAUGUGUCCAUCAUGAGGAUGAGAGUUCACAGCAACUUGACCAAAAAGAGGGUGACACUGCUGAUUCUGCUGGUAUGGGCCAUCGCCAUCUUCAUGGGGGCGGUCCCCACCUUGGGCUGGAACUGCCUCUGUGACAUCUCGGCCUGCUCUUCUCUGGCCCCCAUUUACAGUAGGAGUUACCUCAUUUUCUGGACCGUGUCAAACCUCCUGGCCUUCUUCAUCAUGGUGGUGGUCUACGUGCGCAUCUACAUGUACGUCAAGAGGAAAACCAAUGUCUUGUCUCCACACACGAGCGGCUCCAUCAGCCGCCGCAGGGCUCCCAUGAAGCUAAUGAAGACGGUGAUGACUGUGUUAGGCGCCUUUGUGGUGUGCUGGACCCCGGGCCUGGUGGUCCUGCUGCUCGACGGCCUGAACUGCAAGCAGUGUAACGUGCAGCAUGUGAAACGCUGGUUCCUGCUGCUGGCGCUGCUCAACUCCGUCAUGAACCCCAUCAUCUACUCGUACAAGGACGAGGACAUGUACAGCACCAUGAAGAAGAUGCUCUGCUGUGCCCCGCAGGACAGCAGCGCGGAGAGGCGCCCGUCUCGCAUCCCCUCUACCAUCAACAGCAGGAGUGAUACUGGCAGCCAGUACCUGGAGGACAGCGUCAGCCAGGGCCAGGUGUGCAAUAAAAACAGCUCCUAAGCCGAGGACCCCCUAAGCCCUCUUCCC